AUGGCCGCCGCUGAUCGCAGUGACGGCACUCCAUCCUCCAGACCGGCGCCGCCCUGCCACAAGUCCGACGACACGACGGUGAACGACGGCAGCCCACUGGAGCUCGCGCUCGACUGCCUCCCGGCACUGCCCGCGCUGCUGUUCGGCCUGUUCCUCGCGUGCAGCCUGGUCCUGACGCCGCGGCGGCAGGUGCACGAGCACGACAGGCCACGGGGCGACCUGGCGUUCGUGGUUUUCACGUACGCCGACCUCGCCGCGCUCUUCUGGUGCGCCCGCCGCGUCGAGCGGCUGGCGGCGGCGGCGGCGUCAUCGUCUCCUGGCCUCGUGCGUGAGCGUGACGAGAGACGGCGGCGUCUGCAGGUCGCAGUGUGGGUCCUCUCCACCGCACUGAGCUGCGCGUUCGCUUACCGGGUGUCACUGAUCAUGCCGCCCGCGUUGGUGCUCGUUGUCUGGGCCAUGGCGUCGUCCGUCGUGCUCGUCGGUUUCUAUGUCUUGGUACUCUGCGAGGAUCAAGGGUACUACCGUCUCUUGGAGUCCGCCGGAGACGGGGAAGACGAUGGCCUCGGCGAGAAGAAGAAGAGUGGCGCUGGUGGCGGCGAAUUGGUUUAG